AUGGUUGCUGAAUUUGAUCCAAUAAUAAGAGAACACAUUCGACGUGCUCAAGCACAUGAGAUUCAGUAUACAUAUCUUGGUCCUAAAAUUCAAAAUAAAUUAAUACAAACUUUAGCAGGCGAGGUGAGAAGUGCAAUUGUCACAAAAGUAAAACAUGCAAAAUAUUUUUCUGUCAUACUUGAUUGUACUCCAGAUGCGAGUCAUGAGGAGCAAAUGUCUCUAGUAAUACGAUGUGUGGAUGAAUCAAUGGACUCUUCAAUGGUACAAGAAUAUUGGAUUGAAUUUUUGAAAGUGGACGAUACAUCAGGAUUGGGACUUUUCACUGAACUUACAAAUGUGUUAACGAAUCUUGAGCUUGAUGUUGACAAUAUAAGAGGUCAAGGGUAUGAUAAUGGAGCUAACAUGAGCGGGAGACAUAAAGGUGUACAAAAAAGGUUACUUGAAAUAAAUCCUAAAGCUUUCUAUACUCCAUGUGGUUGUCAUAGCCUGAAUCUAGCAUUACGUGACAUGGCAAAUUGUUGUUCUAAAGUUAUGUCCUUCUUUGGAGUGAUACAAUGCAUCUAUACAGUGUUCUCUUCUUCUCCCAAACGAUGGAAAAUUUUUAAAGAUAAGGUUGAAGGUCUAACAUUUAAGUCAUUGUCCCAAACACGUUGGGAAAGUCAUGUGGAAAAUGUCAAGCCUAUAAAAGAGCAAUCUGUACAAAUAAGAGACGCUUUACUUGACUUGGCAAACAUUGCUGAAGAUCCUAAAACAAAGAGUGAAGCUGAGUCAUUAGCAACAUAUGAACUUGAAAAUUUUGAGUUCUUACUUGGUAUGGUUAUUUGGUAUAAGUUGUUGCAUGCUUUCAAUACCGUGAGUAAGUUUUUUCAAGCAGAAAAUAUGGAUAUUGAUGAGACCAUCAAGCUUUUAGAAGCACUUAUUUUGUUUCUCGAAAAUUAUAGAGAAUUUGGAUUUGCCAGUGCCAUGGAUGAAGCUAAACAAAUAGCAAUUGAAAUGGGAAUUGAAACUGUUUUUCGAGAGAAACGUAAUAUUCGAAGAAAGAUGCAGUGA